AUGACUCUUGAAUCGCGACUCUUUCAAGAAUACCCAGCCAAACGAGAAACACGCAAAGAGCUCAACUCUUCUCGUUCGACUAUUCGUCGCAAUAAUCAAGGAUUCACGCGUUCCGUUGCCUUCAGUUUUAAUUUUGUCGAAGAAACAAAGCUCAAGGCGCGAACUGGGAGGACUCAUGAUUUGUGCGAUGUUCAAAACGUUUACUUCGCUGGUGGGCAUCAUACGCCCUUGAGAGCUGCGUACAUCGUCAACUUUACAUUUAUCGGAUAUAAGAAAAAGAGAAAGUACUACGGCCGUUUGUUCGGCCAUUUUGGCUGUAAAAAGUGUGCGAAUAGAUGGGCAAGUGCGUUUUCUUACGCUCGUGUUUGGCAGAAAUGCAAGGAAUGUUUCGCUAAAGCGACGCCGCACAACCUGAUCGAGCAUGAAAUCAAGGAAGACAACAAGAAUGACCCUGGGAAGAAAAGAAAGCCCCACCGAGCAGAUCUUUGCGGAAUGUGCUCGUCUGGGACGCCCUGUCAAGCUGUUCGGGACCAGCAGCUUCCUGACGUUAUCCAAGCCCUGCAGCGAGUGACUCUUGUCGAGCCGGCCCGUUGA